AGGUCGAACAGCUGACAUGCAUGACAUCAUACAGUACAAAAACUUGAAAGUUGACUUCACCUUUGUGAACAUAAAACCUUUCCUUUUUCUUUCGGCUUGUCCCUUUCGGGGUCGCCACAGCGUGUCAUCUCAGAUGAACGCAUAUAUAUGUUUGGCACAAUUUUUACGCCGGAUGCCCUUCCUGACGCAACCCUUCUCCUUUGUGAACAUAAAACAAUUACACCAAAAUAUUUCCAUUUUGCAGUUGCAGUGGCGAGCUCCGGCAGGCUGGGAACCCAAGCAUGUUCAAAGACACAAGCUGUGUUGUGCUAACCGCACAGUAUCUAAAGAGACUUUCCUGCCAUGCAAAAGCAGCUGGAUGACUCUCACAUCAGCUUCGGAGUUAGUGGGAGAAGCAGAAGAGCAGCCGAGAAGUGUUGAACUGUAAGUGGACGUCGAGGAGAAAGAAACGCGCAAGAUUCCCGGCGGUGGAUGUCUUUUGAAAGGGCCCUCUCCAUGGAUAUAGACACAGACUAUGAGCGCCCCAAUGUGGAAACCAUUAAAUGUGUGGUGGUAGGGGAUAAUGCAGUGGGCAAGACCAGACUUAUAUGUGCCCGGGCUUGCAAUGCCACCCUCACACAGUAUCAGCUCCUCGCCACCCACGUGCCAACCGUUUGGGCUAUCGACCAGUAUCGUGUAUGCCAGGAGGUUUUAGAGAGGUCUCGGGAUGUUGUGGACGAGGUCAGUGUGUCCCUCAGGCUCUGGGACACCUUUGGUGAUCAUCACAAGGACAGACGAUUCGCCUAUGGCAGGUCGGAUGUGGUGGUGCUUUGCUUCUCUUUGGCUAAUCCCAAUUCCCUGCGCCAUGUCCGCACCAUGUGGUUUCCGGAGAUCAAGCACUUCUGUCCACGGACGCCCAUCAUCCUGGUUGGCUGCCAGCUGGAUCUUCGCUAUGCUGACCUGGAUGCAGUUAAUCGUGCGCGACGACCCCUUGCCAAACCCAUCAAACCGACUGAUAUCCUCCCUCCCGAGAGAGGCCAUGAGGUGGCGAAGGAGCUGGGGAUACCCUACUAUGAGACAAGUAUCGUCGCCCAGUUUGGAGUCAAAGACGUUUUUGACAAUGCAAUCAGAGCUGCCCUCAUCUCCCGCCGUCACCUGCAGUUCUGGAAGUCCCACCUGAAAAAGGUGCAGAGACCACUUCUCCAGGCACCCUUCCUGCCUCCUCGCCCACCACGUCCCAUUGUGGGAAUCCCAGACCCCCCUCCCACAGAUGGCGAGGGCCCCGACUCCCUCUUCUGUCACCCGCUCUGUGCAGAUGUUGUUUUUCUGCUGCAGGGUGGUGACACCCGUGUUUUUGCUCACAAAGUCUAUCUGGCUACUUCCUGCUCCAAGUUCUAUGACCUUUUCACCCUUGAGCUUGGUUCAUCCUCCAUCGGGCCACAGGAGAAGCAGGACAAAAGCAAGGAAAGUUCAGAUAGUGGAGAUGAAGACGAGCUGAGCAGAAGAGGCGCCAAGGAGCAAGCUGGGCGCACUAAGAGCCUAGACAUUGAUAAAGAUGGGGUUGAUGGCAGUGUACGGGGGCUGAAUCGACCCCCGCUGCUCCAGCGUAGCUCCUUACGAACUUCCCAGAGUGAUAAUGCACUCCCCUCCCGAGCCCAGUACUCUUUGGGAACUCCUGUGAGUGGCCGGGCACUUUCGGGAUGGGGAAGAGGGUUCUUGAGUCUUUGUCUGGAGCAUGUCGAUGACCCCAUGACUGGACGACCCCGACUAAUGACUGUGGUAGUCAUGGAUGCACUCAUACAAGAGGAACCAUUCAAGGCAGUGCUGCAGUACUUGUACACAGGCAGCCUGGAUGAAGGUCGAGGAGACCUAAUGCAGGUGGCCACCAUCGCUGAGCUACUUGAGGUGUUCGACCUGCGGAUGAUGGUGGCCAAUGUUCUCAACCGGGAGAGUUUCAUGAACCAGGAGAUAACCAAGGCAUUCCAUGUCCGCAGAGCCAACCGUAUCAAGGAGUGUCUCAACAAAGGGACUUUUGCUGAUGUGGUGUUCCGGCUGGACGAUGGCUAUCUCCCAGCCCACAAGCCCCUGCUCAUCUCUAGCUGUGACUGGAUGGCGGCCAUGUUCCGUGGCUCUUUCAUGGAAAGCUACAUUGAGGAGGUUCCCAUCCCUACCACAAGUACAGCAUGUAUGCGAAGUGUGCUGGAGUACCUCUACUGCGCCAUGCUGACACCUUGUCCUGACCUGGAGUCCAUUGAACUGAUCGUGGUGGCCAACCGUCUUUGUUUACCACGCCUGGUCGCCCUAACUGAACAGCAUGCGGUUGACGAGCUCUUGCAGAUGGCAGUGAAAGGACUCGACAUUGAUGGGCACGUCUUGGCCUACUCGGAGCUUGCACAGUUCCACAAUGCGAAGCAGCUCUCAGCCUGGUGUCUCCAUCACAUCUGCACCAACUACAACAGCAUCUGCCGCAAGUUUCCCAAAGACAUGAAGGCCAUGUCUCCAGAGAACCAGAAGCACUUUGAGAAGCAGCGCUGGCCUCCCGUGUGGUUCCUGAAGGAGGAGGACCGCUACUUGCGCUCUCAGAAGGAGCGUGAGCACGAGGAGGAGAUCUUGCGCAAGCAGCACACCAAGCGAGGCUGGUGCUUCUGGAGGCAGCCAUCCUCUUCGCCGCACGUCUCAUAAGACGUCCAUGGAAGGGUUCCCGGUCGGACCUUCUCGCUUGCUCGCUCUCUGUCUCCCUCCCUCCAUGGGUCCUGACUCAGUGUUAACUGGGAAUGUACUGUUUUGUGCCUCUUUACAACCGCGGGAGUGCAGUUAUGCCUAUGUAGAACGAAGUGCUUCCCUAACCCCCAGACCUACGAGGGCCUGUGGGCGGGGGGGCACCAACACACUUCCUUGUCCCCCGCACUCCUACAAGAGCUUCAUCCCGUCCAUUGAAUGAGUGGACUGGGAGCAAGGGCUGUCAACCUCUCCUAGUCUUCACCCUCCGUCUUGAGCCACUCCACUUUUGUUUUCAUUCGAAUUGGUGUGGUGGGAGGGGCUCACUUCAACUACACUGACUGUUAGCUUACACACACACACACACACACACACACACACACAGACCCUUUGCCCAAGAUCUACCUGUCUACAACCAGCACCAGAUAUCCAGGAACUGACACGAUGUAACCAAGUAUUUUGAUAGUUUUUGUAAAUCCCUUGCACCUUUUUAAACGACUCUCACCCGAGGGAAGUCGAUCGCCCUUCUCCGAGGAAGUGUCCGCAAUUGUCUUGACCUUUGGAUUGGAGCACAUUUUUUUUUUUUUUUUUUUUUUUUUAUUUGAGGGCAAAACCUGCUGUUGACGACACCCAGUUUGUCUCCAUCUUGUACCCUCUACCCCCCCCAAAAAAAAAAAAAAAAAUCACCUCGCCAAACUGCACUUCUGCUAUUUCCCAAGUGACCACUCUAGCAUUGAUGGCGAUAAGGAGCCUUACUUAACACCUUUUCUCUGGUGGCAUAAUGGAUCCAGUAUUACACAAAACACAUCUGUAACGUCCAACACCACCACUCGGCUGCGUGGAAGCCCCUCCUGAAGCCUGCCUUUAUACCACUGCACCACUGGGGGCAGCACUGCUCAGGGCACUACACGCUAACGCUUUUAAUGCAUGUGACUUUUACCUUGUUGUUGUUUCAACUAUGUACAAAGGAGUAUUAGGGCCACCCCGAACAAAUUAUUCAAGGAAUAGACUUGAGUAAAGUAGUAAUACUCCAUAUGAACAUAUUUAUAAAAUGAUGACUAUAUUAGUAGCCUGCCGAAAAGACUGAAAAUUAAGUAAGUGAUGCUGCCCCAAAUGGUUUGGAAUUGCCUGUCGAUGUCACAAAGUAGCUUAUGUCUGAAUUAAUUUGCGCCUCUCCUGACUCACUUCAACAUAUUUAAUUGACACCAAAAGGCCGCCAGAUGGCACGUGAGCACAAAAGCCAGUUCUUCAGCGAAUGAAGGAUAUGUUGGAGAAAAUCCGUGAAUAGGGAAAUGUACAAAUCCCGAACUGGCAAUAUGAGAGUCUGAACUGUUUUAGAUUUUUCACCUUGUAUGACUUUGUUUGUUGCCUUACACACUUAAAAACCACUUCAUUAUCGUAUGAUACAAUAUAACUGAAGUUGUAAUAUGAAAAUAAGGAUUUUUCUCAUAAGACUUUGCAGCAAUGCACGCGUUCCUUAAAAAUGUACUUUGUCAUCACAUUCCGAUCACUUUUUCCUUUCUUUCCUCCCACUUCACUCUUGCAUUUUUUUUCCUUUUGUUACAACUUUAUUCUCAAAGCAUUGCAUGUUUGUACUGUUACUUUUUUUCCAGAGCUCCUUCCUCUCAUAUUACGUUGUUUAAUUUGUGGCCCUAGUCCUCGUUUUGUAUUUAUGUAUUGUGAGGAGUGUUAAAAAGUACGAGUGCAUUUUUGAACUCUGUUCACCUCACUCGGAAUACCAAAGCUGUGAUUCCCUUUCUUCCUCGCUUUGCUUAAUGUUCGUUUCCCUUACAUCCUUGUUGCUACGAGUGCAUCGCGGUGAUCAAGUGGUUUGAAGUACAAGGCACGUGGUGGUGUUUGAAUCCCUCCAUGGGGAAAAGGAAAAAAAAAAAGAUUCACUUUGCCUUCCGUUCCUUUCGCUGGAAUCCAAAAUGGUGCUCAAGACACACACACGCAGUUCUCAGUUUCCAGUCCAAUAUUUCUGUUCAAUGAAAAGUGGAGCCAGUUUUUUUUUUUAAUAUGUAGCAUUCAGAAUUUACACACGGAGUGCUUUGGGAACUUGUUUUUCAUUGAAUUCGCCACCGAUGUGUGGUUGUUGUUUCCACUCGAGUUUGGGUGCCAGUUUCUUUGGGCUUUGGGUGGUCAUGUGAAAACGAGACUUGCUGGUUGAGUUCUUUCCUUGGCUUUAGCUUGGAACUGGAUGUUUUUGAGUCAUGUGGGUCGCAUGAUUGUCCCUCUUCUCUGCGGAAGUUGCGAUAAAGCCCUGAAAUAGAAGUCGGACUGGAUCUCACGAGAGCCAAGUAAGAACCAAGCCAAUUUUUCAGUGAAGGAAAAAGAGGAGUGUAAAAAUAUACAUUGGAAUUGCUCACACUCAAAAGCAGUUAAGGGCUUUUUGGUAUUUUGAAAUGUGAGAACAGAUUUUGAUGGCUACUAUUUGUCUUAUUAACUACUGUUCUGGCCAAAUUAGCCUCUUGUGUCAGUUCAUGUGCCUUAGAUGAGGACAAACUGAGCUAAAAUUUGGGUUGCCGGCUAUUUCUGUCAAAUAGGUUGAGGUUCAGACGUUAGCCCACGUCGGAGGGAGAACUUCAUUUUCUAAGCAGAUGACUUUGAAUCAAUCUCUGCUGCGGCCGCAAGGCCCUAGAAUAUUUGGGUUUGGUUGGAGAAAGACUCACGCCACAGACAGAAGACCAGAAAAUUGUUGUGAUUUUUUUUUUUUUUUUUUUUUUUUUUUUUUUUUAUGCCAGACUAAUUCCUGAAGUGAGAAUUUAAAAAAAAAAAAAAAAAAAAAAAAAACUUGAUUAAGCUUGUAGGUGGUAGCCACUUCAUAUUAUACUGUAUAAUGACACUUUGCAUCGGAAAGCAUUGUCUUUUGCUAUUAUUUGUUCUCUGUCUCUGACCUUUUCUGAGCUUGAUAUGAUCUGUUCUGGAUGAUUGUAGCACCCUGUUUGAACGUUUUAUUGACCUUAAUUGAGCGCUCUUUUUAGAAGCUCGUUGAGUUUUGUACACAAGAUCACUUUGACUCAGCACCGUUUCAAUACAACGUACUCACCUUUGUCAUAAUAACGAGAAUAACAACAACAUGCAGGGACAUUUAGAAACAUGCUUCAAAAACUAUGGAAAAGGCAAUCAUUAAGUUUUGUAUUGUAAUAUUCCUGGGAUUUAUACAAUAUUAAUACAGGGUGUAAAUGUUUUUCAAAGCAAAAUUGCAGGAGAUUUGUGGUAUUAAAACUCACAUUUGAAAGUGGUGGUAGGGGAACAAGCACAUUUGUUCUGGUCAGCCAUGCAAUCAAAAAAAAAAAAAAAAAAGUUUUUCUUAAAUGGAAUAUGUGCUCUGAGGAAAAUUCCCCACCCAUUUUCUAAGUUAUUUAAUAGCAUCUACAAUUGGAUUUUCAUGCAAUCAGUAAAAUUGGAAUGAGAGGGGGAAAGUUAAUGCAUGUUUCUGGGCCUCUUGUAAAUACAUGGCAGUAUAUUGAUUUUUUUUAAAUGGGGACUGAAUAUGAAUUAUGUUCACGGGGAGAUCGCUACUCAAAUGAAAUGAAUUGCAGGACAAAAAAUAAAUAAAUAUUGAGUUGUCAGUCAGCCGUCACUGUAUGGUGACCUCUCCCAGGCCAAGGUUAGACCACACUGAUGUUAUGUUUGUCUAUUUUCACCGCAUACAUUUUACUGUCACAUCGGCGUCUUUGAGAGCGAACAUGUUGUGUGUCUCCGUUCAUGUGCCUUCAAUGAAAUCCUCACACUUGUAGCCCUGUACAGGCUGACCACUACCAUACUUCACUUAAAGUUAUUCAAGCCAAAAAGUAACCAUACGGAGAAUUAGCAUUUGGCAGCAUUUGAGUAUUUUUUUUUUUAAAGCAGCAGUGACGACACAAGUUUUGAUGUAUUCUCUGCUGAAGUUACACAACAGUUGAAUUGUGACGCAACCCUGCACACCAGCAGUUCUCAAAUGAGAUCUCUGCACUCUUUUUUUUUUUUUUUAGGUGCCUGCACUUUUUAACAUGUAGCCUACAUCGAAAGAAACUUUUUGUGAUCAGUACGCUGAAGUCUUUAUAUUACAAGCGCUCGCCAUCACAUCUUGUUUUCACUUUGUCAUUGUGACUCCACAUUCAGUAUUACGCAACUUCCACUAUUCAGAUGCAUAGUGAAUAAUCGCGUUUGAGUUAAAUGCAAACGUUCAAUAUGUAACAACCGUGUGUUAUAUCAUGCUUUAAUGAUUUAAGAUGGUUGCUAUCCCAAAGUUAAGUCCAGUAUUUUGGAGGGUUAAUGUGGACUGAAUUAUUGUUGUGCACUUUUGUUUCCAUAUGACUUUUAUUCAUCUCCACCGCUCACGUACUACCAUAAAAAACACAGAGCACAUGUACCACCUUCACAUACGACUAUCAAGGGCUUUCAAAAAGAAAAAAAAAAAAAGAAAAUGAAACAAUCAGAAUGUUUGCUGCUGUUUGCAAAGAUGUUUUGAAAAUUUGUAAUAUUUUUGAACUGCUAUGAUUUGUACAAAAUUCCCUUUUUUUCUCCUUUUUUUUGCCAUUUCAGUAUUAUGAUGUUUGACACGGAUUUUAUUAAAAUGGUUAAUCUUUUGA